CCCCCGUGUUCUUACUACAUCCCCUUUUCCAACAUGUCUGAAUCACGCCUAUACUCCUUUUCCCCCGAGACCAAAGAGAAACUUCGCAAGUUCCGCUUGGGAACUUCCCGCGCCAAGGACCCGCAGGCCAUCAUUUAUGUGAUCGAUAAUAAGAGUCAGGAGAUCCGGCCAGAAGAUGGCGAGGUUUAUACCAAGAUGGUGGAUUUAGCCGACGAGCUUCCUGAAUCGUCCCCUCGGUUUAUCCUCCUCAGCUACCCCCUUACCUUGGCAUCCGGUCGCCUUACGGUUCCUUACGUCCUCCUUUACUACCUCCCCGAGAACUGCAACCCGUCGAUGCGCAUGAUGUAUGCUGGUGCAGUUGAGUUGAUGCGCAACACGGCGGAGGUCAACCGCGUCAUCGAAGUGUACGAAGAGGAUGAUAUUAUCUCUAUCGAAUCGAAGCUGCAAAGUGAGGACUAGCUUCAGCAGCCUCCGACGUGAGACAGUUGGAUUGCAGGCCUUGUUCAGGUUUAUAUAGGUCUUGACGACAGAUUCAUCUUUAAUGACGGUGCUGGCAUUGUGUACAUCUCAACCUAGAUUUAUUCCAAUGAGUUGCAUAUACC